AAUAAAACAUCAGCCUGCAUCAGGCAAUGUGUUGUUGGACAGAGGGUAAAACGAAAAAAAUACAUAGAACGAUUUUAAUUUUUAUCAUAUGGUUUUUUUUUUGUAAAACUAUUUCUGAGAAAUAGAACGAUCCAUCAGUGUUAUCGACAACAAACGACACAUGGACUGAUAUCAUAUUUCAAAAGAACACUACAAAAAUAGUAUUAAAAUUCUACAAAAAUAAAUUUUCUACAUAUUUUUUUUUUUUAAAAGGUGGAUAAAUAAAAUAUAAAAAGAAGCGGCAAUUGUCGCAUUAGUAUCAUUGAUAACGGCAGAUCAAAGUGUUGAAUUAAUUAAAGACCGGUGGUGCACUUGUCUUGAUAAUGAUUGAUCCAAGCUCCUCGGAAGAGGAGAGUGACGAGGACCAGAGCACUCAUCACGGAGGUGGCGGCGGGGGUCGUGUACCAAGUGGACAUGUCUCACGUCGUCAUCCCGGUAGUGGUGGCAUGGCUCCUGGUGCUGGUGGUGUAGGUGGUUCUGUUGGUACAACAACAGGAUUAACAUCAUCACCCGGUGGUCACAGUCAAACUGGCAGUAUUGGAUCAAGUAUACAUGGUGGUAGUCAACAUGGUCCACAUGGACGUGGUCAUACUGCCAGUCAAGGAAAUUAUGGUACACAACAGGAGACAGCAGUAUCCGGUCUGGAUGUGCCAAAUUUAUCCAGUGCCAGAAACUCGCUGUCACCAUCAAUGAGUGCCAGUCAAGAUGUUACAAAUUAUAAUAAAUCAACACAAAGACCAACAAGUCCAUCACCAUCUGCUGCCAGUGAAAAAACAGAAGUUGAUCUCCAAGACAAACAAGAACGUGAGGAAGAGGAAAGAAAAACUCGUAUACAGCUUUAUGUCUUUAUAUCUAGAUGUAUAGCAUAUCCAUUCAAUGCCAAACAACCCACCGACAUGACCCGAAGACAAACCAAAAUAACAAAACAACAACUUGAGACCUUGUGCUCACGUUUUCAGGCUUUCUUGAAGGGUGAAACACAAAUAAUUGCUGAUGAAGCAUUUCACAAUGCAAUACAAAAUUAUUUUGAUGUAUUUUUAAAAUCUGAAAGAGUCAUACAAAUGGUGCAAAGCGGUGCUUGUUCCCAGUACGACUUCCGUGAGGUAUUCAGGAAUAAUGUUGAAAAACGUGUUCGCAGCCUCCCGGAAAUCGACGGAGUGAGCAAAGAGACUGUACUUAAAUCAUGGCUGGCCAAAUUUGAUUGUAUAUUUAAAGGAACAGGUGAUGAGGAUAAUAAAAGGCCAUCCAAGAUGCAGCAGCAGUCUUUAAAUUCGGAAUUAAUACUCUCGAAGGAACAAUUAUAUGAUAUGUUUCAACAAAUACUUGGUAUUAAAAAAUUUGAGCAUCAGCUUCUGUUCAACGCCCUCCUGUUGGACUCAGCUGAUGAACAAGCUGCCGCCAUCAGGAGGGAGCUGGACGGUCGCAUACAGAGGGUCAAUGAAAUGGAAAAGGUAAAUAACCGAAAGCUCAUGCCAAAGUUCCUUCAUAAAGAGAUGGAGUCGCUCUACAUCGAGGAACUCAAGUCGUCUAUCAAUCUAUUAAUGACAAAUCUGGAAUCAUUACCAGUAUCGAAGGGUUCGAUAGACAGCAAAUACGGGCUGCAGAAGCUGAAGCGUCGUAGUGAUCGCUCCCGCUACCGCACCCAGGGUUCUCUCGCUAAAUUGGAGGGCGACUCCGCUGAUUCCGAUCCGCAAUUAACCAAAACUGAUGUCGGUUUGACAUUUCAACUUGAAGUUAUUGUCAUGGAGGUCAAAGGUAUCAAAAGUUUACCACCAAAUCGUAUUGUUUAUUGUACAAUGGAAGUUGAAGGUGGUGAAAAAUUACAAACAGAUCAAGCUGAAGCAUCAAAACCAAUGUGGGAUACACAGGGUGAUUUUUCAACAAUGCAUCCAUUGCCAGUUGUUAAAGUACGUUUAUAUACUGAAAAUGUUGCAAUGUUAGCACUUGAAGAUAAAGAACUUGGUAAAGUUAUUAUAAGACCAAAUCCAUUAUCAACAAAAGUACCAGAAUGGCACAGAAUGACAGUACCAAAAAAUUGUCCAGAUCAAGAUUUACGUAUUAAAAUAGCAUGUCGUAUGGAUAAACCAUUAAAUAUGAAACAUUGUGGUUAUCUUUAUGCAAUGGGUAAAUCAGUAUGGAAAAAAUGGAAGAAACGGUACUACGUAUUGGUCCAGGUCUCGCAGUACACCUUUGCGAUGUGCUCGUAUAAAGAAAAAAAAAGCGAGCCGUCGGAAAUGAUGCAGCUGGAUGGCUAUACAGUGGACUAUAUCGAGGCCGUUUCUGCAAAUUUAAUGGUUGGUACAGAUUUAGAAGGUGGAAGAUAUUUUUUUAAUGCUGUACGUGAAGGUGAUAAUAUUGUAUAUGCAUCUGAUGAUGAAAAUGAAUGUCAUUUAUGGGUUAUGGCAAUGUAUAGAGCAACUGGACAAUCACAUAAACCAACACCACCAGUAUCUGUUGCUGAUAAAAAUUCAACAAUAAGUAAAAUUCAAGGUGAUGCUGAUAGAGCUAGAAAACAUGGAAUGGAAGAUUUUAUAAGUGCUGAUCCAUGUAAAUUUGAUCAUGCAACAUUAUUUAAAUUUUUACAAAACUUGACAUUGGAUUAUAGACUCAAUGAUCCAUAUUCUUCACUUGGAUGGUUUUCACCAGGUCAAGUAUUUGUACUAGAUGAAUACUGUGCCAGAUAUGGUGUUCGUGGUUGUUUUCGACAUUUAUGUUAUUUAAAUGAUCUUCUGGAUCGUGCUGAACGUGGUUGCAUGAUGGAUCCAACCUUGAUCCAUUACAGUUUUGCAUUUUGUGCUAGUCAUGUGCAUGGAACUCGACCAGAUGGGGUUGGCUCCAUCACACACGAAGAACGCGAUAAAUUCCAGGAGAUCAAAGAACGUUUACGACAACUUUUAGAAAAACAAAUUACAAAUUUCAGAUAUAGUUUUCCAUUUGGAAGACCAGAGGGUGCAUUAAAAGCAACUCUUUCAUUACUUGAACGUGUAUUAAUGAAAGACAUUGCAACACCAGUACUACCAGAAGCAGUUAGAAGUAUGAUUAAAUCAUGCUUGGAAAAUGCAGCACUUGUUAAUUAUGACAGAUUAUCAGCAGCAGCUAAAAUUGAGGAUGAUUUUAAUGGUGAUGUUUGUGUACCACCUGGAAAAAAAUUGGAUGAUCUUAUACGUCUUGCUGAGCUAUGUGUUGAUUUAUUACAACAAAAUGAAGAACAUUAUUCGGAGGUAGCUUUCGCCUGGUUUAGCGAUCUUCUGGUGGAGCAUGCUGAGAUCUUCUGGUCAUUAUUUGCCGUUGACAUGGAUAAAGUACUAUCAGAACAACCACCAGAUACAUGGGACAGCUUUCCACUCUUUCAAAUAUUGAAUGAUUAUCUCAGAAUGGAUGAUAAUCUUAAAAAUGGAAGAUUUCAUCAACAUCUCAGGGAUACAUUUGCACCUUUGGUUGUUAGAUAUGUUGAUCUUAUGGAAACAUCAAUUGCCCAAUCAAUACACAAAGGUUUCGAAAAAGAAAGAUGGGAAAUUAAAGGAAAUGGUUGUGCAACAUCUGAAGAUUUAUUUUGGAAACUUGAUGCUUUACAAUCAUUUAUUGGUGGUUUACAUUGGCCUGAUCAAGAAUUUCGUACACAACUUGAACAACGUUUAAAGCUAAUGGCAUCAGAUAUGAUUGAAUCAUGUAUUACUAAAACAGAUACAGCAUUUCAACAAUGGCUUAAAAAAGGUGUUACAUUUAUAUCAACUGAUUAUAUUAUACCAUCUGAAAUGUGUGCAAUGAUUAAUGUUAUAUUGGAUGGAAAAAAUCAAAGUUUUAAACUUUGCACAAUUGAUGAAAUUGAUGUGCAUCAAUAUCAUAGUAAAAUUGACGAUCUUCUCGAUAAAACAUCAACUCAAAUGACUCAAGGUUUGAUAAAUAAGCUCAUUGCAGUGUUAGAAGCAACCCUCUCAAAAUUAUCACGCUACGAUGAGGGCUCUUUUAUCGGUUCAAUUCUCAGCUUUACGAAGGUUUCGGGAAGUGGAAAAGAAAUGGGUCAAGCAUAUGUUAAUUUUGCAAAUAAUUGUAUGGAUCAAAUACAUGGCAAGGUCAUCGAUGAACUUUGGAUAUUGAAUUUCUUUGAGUUGUGGUAUACUGCACAAAUACAAUUGUUGUGCAACUGGCUUACAGAAAGAAUGGAUCAUAGUUUACAUUUGUAUCAAUGUACGUGUCUUGCUCAUAUGAUGAAAAAAAUAUAUUCAAAUUUUGAGCUUCAAGGUGUUAUGGAAGAUAAAUUAAAUUCAAAAACAUAUCAAGCAAUUGCACAGAGAAUGCAAACAGAAGAAGCAACUUGUGCCUUAUCAAUGAGCGCUCAAAAUGAUGAUGGUUUAUCUGAAAAUGGUGAUGGUGAUGAUGUGGAGAGACCAAAAACAAAAGUAACAAUUGUUGAAAAUUCAGAAGAUGCAAAUGUCUUAUCAAAUUUGACAAAUGUAUCAUCAAAUGUUGUUGGUAAAGUUGGAAGUAUGUUUGGUAAAGGAAUUGGUGGAUUGUCUGGUAAAUUUGGUGGUGCUAGUUGGUUUUAAAUUAGAUUUUUUUAUAGUCAUUUUAUUUUGACUUGUAUUUAAUCAGCAACGAAAAUAUCAAGAAUUUAAUCCACAAAUACUUAUCAACGACAAAUAAAUUAUUAAAUAAUAUAAUAACGAAAAUAAAAAAAAAAAAAAACGUUGCAUGAUAUACUAAAAUCCAUAAUUGCCUAGAAUGCACAUUUGUGCUAUUGUUACAAUAAAUAAAACAAAAAUUAAAUCACAUUUUGUGAUAAAAUUUAAAUAAAAAAAAUAAACCAACUUCGAUGUCGACCCGCUGUUAACUCAGGGAAGUUUUGGGAAGUAUGGAAAGUUUUAUGAAAUCACAUUGAAAGUAAAAAAUAAAUAAAAUAGAAUAACAUGUAUUUUGAAUUGAGUAAAUAAUUGAGUAAAGUUUGCAGAAUUAAAGUUAAAAAAAAAAAAAAGGCGUUUUGAGUAAGAAAUAAAGGUCAAAUGUGAAAAUAUAUUUGAAAUUUGAAAAGGAAAAAUAUAUAAUACAGAAAAAUAUCUAGUUAAAGGGACACAUCGAAACUCGUAUAAUUAUAAUAAUAGUUUGUCUCUUGUCCGAGAAAUUAUCCAAAUUUUGUUAAAUCGAAAAAUUUAACUAAUUAAGCAACGGAACAAAUAAAAUUAAAAAAAAAUUCAUAAGAGUCUGCAAGAUAAAAAAAAUAUAUAUAUAUUUGAAUAUAUUUGUGUAGACCAAUUAUAAAUGUAGAUAAACAAAAUUUUUUUGUGAAAAUAAUAUUUGCAAUUUUUAUGCAAUUAACUGUUGAUAAUCAGAUAAUAAUAUUAAAAAAAAAAAAAAAUUAGAUAAUAAUUUUUGGAGAGAAUAAUAUUGCUUUCUAAAAAAAAAAAAAAAAACUAAAAAUAAAAAAAAAUAAUUAGCAUGAGUGAUGACAAGGAAAGAGUGGCUAAAGGAAAAAAAAAAAAAAAAUGCUUUAAUUCAGUGAGAAAUUAGUACCUUGAAGAAAAUUGAAAAAAAAAAAAAAAUAUCGAGUGCUUAAUGAUGCUUAAAAACAACAUUGUUUGAUUUAAUAAUUUGACAUAUGUGAAACGCUUAAAAAAUAAUAAAAUAAAUAAAAAAAAAUAAAAUACAAUCCAAAUUUGUUGUAAAUAAAAAUUAAACGAUUAAAAAUCAUACGAAUAAAAAAAAUUAAAUGACAUAAUAAAAAAAAAAAAACAUUAGUGGGAUUGUUAAACGUAAUACUAAAUC